AUGACAGAUAUGGUUCAAAAAAAUCAGAUAGAUAAAAAUCUUAAUCAAUGCUCACGUGUUGUCAUGUCUAUUGGAACAAUUGAUAUUAUGAAAAUGGAGUCAGAUUUAGCUAUAACAGAUUUGAAAGUUUUAAUAGACAAAUUCAACACAACAAACCCUAACACAAAAUUAGCUAUUUGUACAAUACCACCACAAUAUGACCCAUACUUAAGUCCAAAACUACAACAAAAAAUUAAUGAAGAUGUUGAUGAUUUUAACUCUAAACUACAAAAUCUUACAAAUGAUAUUGAUAUUGUUGAUUGUAACUUUACAAAAAGCAUGUUAAUGGCAGAUGGUGUGCACUUAAACCCAGGUGGAACAAAUAAUUUAUCAAAGAAAAUAGAUGAGUACUUGAAGACUUGUAUCUAG